AUGCAAUCAUCGACUAAUAAUCAUUAUUUACCUGACGAAUUUAACGAUAAUUUUUUUUAUAAUGAUAAUCAUGAAAAUAAACAUUUAUUUUUGCAAUCACAACCAAUUAUAAAUGAUCAACAAGAAGAGGAAGAAGAUGAAUAUUAUUUACGUGGACCAAUAAAUGGUAUGGAAACUGGUUUAGCUGGAUUAGAAAUAAAAGGCAAAGUACGGACAUUAAGUCCGGUUCUAUUCUAUCAAACAAAUACUCGAUAUUUAAUUAUGAGUAAUAAUGAAUUAAAAUAUUUACCAGCAGGAAAUUUUAUUGUAAGAAUGAGUAUUCUUUUCAAUAUGUCUUAA